AUGCGGAGAUUCGUGGCCGAAAAAUCGAGAAAUCUUGUCGCGCAAGCCGCCUCUUCUCCUCCUCCUUCUCUGUCUUCUUCCGUGUUUCCGCGUCGCACUUCGUCUUCGUCUCCGUUGCGAUUCCUCAGCGGUACUAGUACGACUCUCCAUCCCUCUCCUUCCUCCGAUUCAAUGGCGGGUUCUGAUUAUUCGUCCACUCCCCUCACUCUUCAAUCCAUCAAUCCCAAGGUUCUGAAAUGCGAGUAUGCUGUUCGUGGUGAAAUUGUCAACCUUGCUCAGAAAAUACAAGAAGAGUUACAGGCAAAACCAGGUUCUCACCCAUUUGAUGAGAUAAUUUAUUGCAAUAUUGGAAACCCUCAAUCCCUUGGUCAGCAGCCAAUUACUUUCUUUAGGGAGGUGCUUGCAUUAUGUGACCAUCCUUCCAUUUUGGAUAAAAGUGAAACUCAAGGUCUGUUCAGUGCGGACUCCAUAGAGCGAGCUUUCCAGAUCCUUGAUCAAAUUCCAGGAAGAGCAACUGGUGCAUACAGCCAUAGUCAGGGUAUCAAAGGAUUGCGUGAUACAAUUGCUUCUGGUAUAGAAGCUCGUGAUGGUUUCCCUGCCAAUCCCAAUGAUAUUUUCUUGACUGAUGGUGCAAGCCCAGCGGUUCACAUGAUGAUGCAGCUGUUGAUUAGUUCAGAGAAUGAUGGAAUUCUUUGUCCCAUCCCUCAGUAUCCACUUUACUCUGCUUCAAUUGCUCUCCAUGGUGGCACUCUUGUUCCUUAUUAUCUUGAUGAGGCAACUGGAUGGGGACUUGAGACCUCAGAGCUUAAGAAACAGCUAGAAACUGCCAAGUCCAAGGGAAUUAAAGUUGGGGCAUUGGUUGUGAUUAAUCCAGGAAAUCCAACAGGGCAGGUUCUUGCUGAGGCUAACCAAAAGGAAAUUGUAGAUUUCUGCAAGAAAGAAGGUCUUGUACUUCUGGCUGAUGAGGUGUACCAAGAGAAUGUCUAUGUGCCUGACAAACAGUUCCACUCGUUUAAGAAAGUUGCCCGUUCUAUGGGUUAUGGAGAGAAGGAUAUUUCUUUGGUAUCUUUUCAGUCUGUCUCUAAAGGCUUCUAUGGUGAAUGUGGAAAGCGAGGAGGUUACAUGGAAGUCACUGGCUUUAGUCCUGAAAUAAGGGAACAGAUAUACAAAGUUGCAUCUGUAAAUCUAUGUUCUAACAUUUCUGGCCAGAUUCUUGCCAGCCUCGUCAUGAGCCCCCCAAAGGUAGGAGAUGAAUCCUAUGAGUCUUUUUCCGCUGAGAAAGAUGCGAUACUCUCAUCCUUGGCAAGGCGUGCAAAGACACUCGAAGAUGCCUUAAACAGUCUGGAGGGAGUCACGUGCAACAAAGCAGAAGGAGCUAUGUACCUUUUUCCUCGUAUUCGUCUUCCUGAGAAAGCCAUAAAGGCAGCAGAAGCAGCCAAGACUGCUCCGGAUGCAUUCUAUGCUCGCUGCCUACUUAAUGCAACUGGAGUAGUUGUCGUCCCAGGCUCUGGCUUUGGACAGGUUCCGGGGACGUGGCAUUUUAGGUGCACAAUAUUGCCCCAAGAGGAUAAAAUACCAGCUAUUGUCUCUCGACUUACAGAGUUCCAUCAAGGAUUCAUGGACCAGUACCGCGACUAAUGAUACUGGUCUCGUAUACUCCAUACUUCACAUAGGAUUUUGAAUAAAAUGUGGCAACUUGGUUUCAAGUUUGAGAACCACCAGUGUUCGUUUUUUUUUUGCAUUAGUAAGGCUCUAAGAGCGAUAGCGCAUCAGAUGCGAAGGAUAAUACUUUUCUUGUUGUAUCAUUACAACGCUUUUUGAAGCCUUGAAAGUGAUAUAUUCUGUUUUUAAUGAGAGGUGGCAAGUUUUCUUGGUCCA